AUGGAUCACCCACCACCGCUGGGUGUCCGGGUCCUCAUCACUUGCACCCAAGGAACAGCACAAGCGUUGGCAGGACUCAGUCCUGUAUGCAAGAGGCAAAAGGCCAAAUGUCUCCCAGGCAUCCUUGGCAUGCCCCAGCUGGAGAGGCAGCCUCCAUCUCCCUCUUAUUUUCCAUCAGUGAGGGAUAACUUCUGCUUUGUGCUGUCUUCUCCCAUCAUGUCCUUUCUAGCAAUGGUUCACCUUGAUUCCCUUUUGCUGCCAAAUGCACUGCAGAGCCCUUUUCGGGCUGCCUGGAACAACGUGCUGCAGAGAUACAGCAUCCAGCUGGCAGCGUGGGGCUCCCUGCUCCUCUACCAGGGCUCCCACUUGCUGGUGUCCCUGCCAGGCUUCAUCUACCGGUUCAUCCCAGCCAUGAGGAAAUACAAGAUUCAGCCUGACAAGCCUGAAACUUGGGAAGAGCAAUGGAAGCGUGUCAAGAUCUCACUGACAAGGAACCCCACUUCCCUUCUGCCAGCAUUCAUUUUAGGCUACUCUUAUUCAGAGCACUUCGACAUCCCUUACGACUGGGACUCCGUGUCUCCAUGGUAUUCUGUUACUGCUCAAUGCUUGGGCUGCUUUAUAAUUGAAGAUACAUGGAUACUGACAUUCAUCUCUUCAGUCACUGCUGUGGCUCAGGGGUCUGUGAACAGAGACGCCACCCCUGAAUCCCCCUCUGCCAGCAGCCAACUUUCACAGAAACUUGUCUUCAGCAGGUGGGACAAGUUAUUUGGGACAGGCAAGGAGCAUAAGGCAUUUCUUGCAAAGAAAAAGCAGAAGGAAAUCCAGAAAAGUGAUUAA